AUGGAGAAGGUCGAUUGCGUCGUUAUCGGCACCGGUCUGUACGGCCUGGGAGCUGCGAAGCAAUUUCACCAAUUGAACCCGGAGAGCUCCUUGGUCGUCUUUGAACGGGAUUCCUCUGUCGGUGGCACCUGGGCUGACCACCGUCUGUAUCCGGGUAUCACGGCAAACAACCUUGUCGGUACCUAUGAGUAUCCGGACUUCCCUAUGGACUUUGAGAGAUUUGGGGUCAAGGAGAAUGAACACAUUCCCGGUGCUGUCCUCAAUGCCUACCACAAGGCUUACGCUGCCGAGUUCGGCAUCACGCCGCUCAUUCGGUUCAACACCAAGGUCCUGGUAGCUGAGCAUAUGGAGACCGAGGAGGGCGGAUGGGAGCUGACAACACUCAAUUCGGAGACCAAGGUGGAAGCCAAGCUCUUCACGCGUCGAUUGAUCGUGGCCACUGGCCAAACCUCGGAGGCCUUCAUCCCUCACUUUGAUGGCCAAGAGACCUUUGGAGGUCCCAUCUUCCAUGGCAAGGAUUGGCCUCUGUAUGCCGACACGGUCAAGAAGGAUUACACAAUUACAGUGUUUGGUGCGAGCAAAUUUGCUUGGGAUGCUGUCUACCAGUAUGCCCUGGCCGGCGCCAAGGUCAAUUGGGUCAUUCGCUCAUCCGGUCAUGGUCCUUGCUGGAUGUCAUCUUCGUGGGUGACACCAUUGAAGAGAUGGAUCGAGCAGCUUGCCAAUACUCGGGCCCUCACAUGGUUCAGUCCUUGCGUAUGGGGUGAGAACGAUGGCUACGUCGGAACCCGCAACUUCCUUCAAGGCACUGCUGUUGGUCGAACGAUCACGGGAGGCUUCUGGUCAGUCCUCGGCCAGGAUGUCAUAACUGCCAACAAGUAUGAUGCGGAUCCAAAGACCGCCAAGCUCAAGCCUUGGACCAAUGCUAUGAUGACAGGGCCAAGUUUCAGUAUUUUCAACUACAAGUCGGAUUUCUUUGAGGCUAUCAAGACCGACCAGGUCACUAUCCAUGUGGGCGAGAUUGACCAUCUUAGCCCUGGUGCAGUCCAUUUGGCCGACGGGACUAAGCUUGAGUGUGAUGGCCUUCUUUCGCAUACAGGAUGGAAGCAUGUGCCUCUCCUAAAGUUCCUCCCGGAGGGAAUCGAGAAGGAGUUGGGUAUUCCUCACUUACCUCUCCAAAAUGACGAUGGCGUGGAUCUUGCUAGCGACGAGCAAUUACUGCAGAAGGCAGAUGAUGAGAUUCUGAAGACCUUCCCAAUUCUCAAAGAUGUACCCAGCUGGAACCCGAAUUACGUUCCAUUACAUGAGCAGAAGGGUAUCCAGACCGAUGAAGCCGACGCGCCCAGCAAGCCACAGACACCUUAUAUGCUCUACCACUUUUUGGUCCCUCCAGCAGAGCGCUUUCUCAAGACCAGAGAUAUCGCAUUUACUGGUUGUGUGAGCAAUUUCAGUAAUCCUAUCACGUCAUACCUCUCUGGCCUCUGGAUCAGCGCAUACUUUAAUGGAAAGCUCGCAAACAACCCAGGCGCUGCUGUUGGAGACAAGGAGGCUCUGGCCAAGAUAAAGUACGAGACUAUCUUGUACAAUCGUUUCGGGAAGUGGCGUUAUCCGACAGACUGGGGCAGCAGCAAAGUUCCGGCUUUUAUCUUCGAUGCUGUGCCUUAUCUCGACAUGCUGCUGAACGACCUUGGCUUGCAGACGCAUCGAAAGGGAGGCUGGUGGUCUGAGAUGUGGAGCCCGUAUGGUCCCCGUGACUACAAGACGGUGAACGAGGAGUGGAAGAAGCUGAACCAGACUAAGGAAUGA